AGGAUCCGCUAUCGUUGAACGUCAAGGAUGAGGAUGGUGCGUCCGAAAAGUUCUGGCCUGUCUAUUUCAAUCGAUCCUGACAGCGUCGUUUGGUGUGAUAGGUCGUACUCCGCUUCACUGGGCAUGCUCUCACGGCCAUGUCGCGGUGGUCGAUAUGCUUUUGGAGCAGAAGGACGUGGACUUGAACAUUGCAGAGGGAGCAGGAUGGACUCCCUUGAUGAUUGCGGUGUCGGCGGGACAGGAUGAGAUUGCGAAGAAGCUCCUCCAAAACCCGGAAGUGGAUGUGAACAUUCAGAGUCAUGGUGGACAAACUGCCUUGCAUUACGCAGUAUCCAAGAAGCGUCUAGACCUUGUCCCACUCCUCCUCUCACACGAACCUCCUGCAAAUGUCAAGACCAAGGACAAGGCCGGACAAACACCUCUCAUCCGUGCCGCGGCCAUCGGCUCGGUCUUUCUCAUCAACCUGCUCUUAGAGCACAAGGCGCCAUUGCAGGCCUCAGACAACCAUAAUAUGACUCCGCUGCAUCACGCGUGCGCGGAAGGGCAUGGCGAGGCUGCGAUUGAGCUGUUGAAGAAGGGCGCAUGGCCAGACAGAACGGACAAGGAUGGAUGCACGCCGUUGGAGAGUUGCGAGGAUCCGAAAGUCCGUGACUGGAUCAAGAACGAAGCGAAGAAGGAGGGCCUCAAGCUGUAGCUUUCGGGGGGGGAAAAGGGAGACAGAUGACACAUCAUUUCGCACAAGCUUUUCUCACUAUCAAUAAAUAUCUGCUAUACCCGGUGGUUUUCUGUUGCCGUCGGAUUUUCAUGUCGGGCCGGUCGAUUGACUUCAUUCUGCAUCGGGGCUGCUUCGCGGUGCCCAGCCUUCUGCGAGUGCUGCAGAACUGACCACCAGCAUUCUGG